AUGGCCAACCCCCGCCAGCGCGCCAAGUCCCGCUCGGGCAAGUCGACCAAACCGAAUCUCCUCCAGAAGCGCCGCCUGAAGCAGAAGCUGCGCAAGGCGCACCCGCUCUUCGGACCUGAGACACUGCAGAACGCUUGGGACAGGAAGAAGACGGUGUUCCAGAACUACGCCGCGCUUGGCCUGCUUCCCUCGAUCCCGCUCCCGGAGAAUGCGAAUGCCAAGGUCCAGCUCCCGACGCAGUCAUUACCUGAGGGCGCGCCUUCGAUCGGAUUCGGCCGCAUCGUGCGCGACGAGGAGGGCAAUGUGAUCGACAUCAUCAUCGACGGCGAGGAGGACGAGAAGGAGGAGAAGGAGGAGGACAAGCGGUGGGGCAAGCCGCUGAACCCCGAGGAGGACGAGUUUGAGAAGGCGCCCGUCCAGGCCAAGACGCAGGUUGUCCGAGCUGACCCCAGACCUCGAGGCUCUCGCCGCUACGUCGGCCCCGGUGCAGCGCACACCUCGGCCGCGGAGGGUAUCUGGCUCACGCGUCUGGUGCACAAGCACGGCGACGACUUCUCGCGCGCCGCGCUCGACCGCAAGCUCAACGUCUGGCAGAAGACGCCCGGAGAGCUCAAGCGCAUGGUCCGCAAGGCUGGCGGCGUUGAGAAGCUCCAGGCCCAGCCGCUCGAGUAA